AUGCCGCGAGAGGCCCCUGAGUAUAAGUCGGAUGCGACAGGCCAAAUGUCUGAUAUAUAUGCUGAUCGUAGUUCUCAAGCGAUAUUCAGUCAGGCCAAUCUCGUUCAGCCACUAGAGGACUCACAAGACACGAAUAGCAAUGUCAUAACUAAAAGUACACUAUUAGAGGCAUCAUCUCAGGAUGCUCUCCCUACCCGGGCUACAGAGGCAAGCUUUUUCAUCCGUCCGGUACUGGAAACAACUGAGGAGAUAGGGGCCGCAUUCCAAUUUCAAAAGGCGCCGCCUCCUCGUACGAUAUCCCACGGCCCAGUUGGAAAACAAAGAAAUCCAACCCCCCCUCAUCCCCCUCCUCCCGUGAUCAAUAGAGUCUCACAUAGUGGUCCAAGUCCCGGGGUUUCUGGCUUUAAUAGUCAUGAUAGGCCAGCGCAAUCUCUGACAUCAGCAAGCGAUAGAGAUAGAAUAGGAGAAUAUUAUGAUGACAAUAAAGAUGAUGAUACAGUCGACAUGAUAGUAUACCCCCGAGAAGACCCAAAGAAUGCUCCCAGUAGCGAUCAGCCGCCCGUCGGCAACUCAUCAGGCUCGUCGGGCUUAACAUCCACUAAAGACUUGUUUGACUUUCCUUUCCCAGACAAUACUAGCCGGCCACGUUCUGGAGGGAAGACGCAGGCAUCUCGCUGUUCUCCUCUGACGAAUGUUCAAUUACCGAAGGCAAUCUCGGAUACCCGUCGAAAAGCUUUUGCGCAAAUGAGCCCUCGUAGUGUAUUGGCACGAACAAAUGUUGCAUUAUCAUCUACUUCUAACCCCCAAUCGACGCGACCAAGAAGCACACCAGAUAGGGCGGUUCCAUCCGAGACAAGGGAGUGCUCAGAUAUCCACAAGAAACCUCGGAGUGAUCAUCAACUCCCAAAAAAUAUUGGUGUCAAUGAAACCAAACGUGGUUCUACGAAGGAUCUUCGAAACAGGCGAAAUAAAGUCCAGGGUCUCACGCGACCCAUAUCAUUUGAGGCAUCAGAAUACGAUGUAGUUUCCGCAGUGAGACCGUGUUCUCAAGCAUCUAAUACUUCGAAACCACGAGCUCCUCCUAGAGACAGUUACAAACGAUACACCCCCACACGCGAGCAGAAUAGCAGGAACUUGAAGAAAUUCGCAGAAUCUUGGAACACGAACUAUCUCUACAAUCAAAGACUACUAGAUCGUUGGGAGCAAAAAAUGUCAUUACUCGAAGACUAUAUUGCAUCUCAAGAUUUAGUUAUUGAGCAGUGCAAGGGAACAAUCGCGUGUCGUGAUCAAAAGAUCGAUGAUUUGUCGACAGAAGUUGAAAAUCUUCGUACUCAAAAACAGGAGAUUCAAAAUAAGAUAAACAUAUCUUCUGAUAUACGCAAGAAACUGGAGGAUAAACUGAAGUCUUGUCGAAUCCGUUUAAAUGAUGCAAUCGGCGAACAACAACGACUUUUUCUACAAUGUAGGGAAAAUUGCCAAAUGGCGACUGCAGAUAUUAAAGCGGAAGAGAAAGCACAGAAAGAGUCCUUAGACAAGGCGUUUAUGACACUUGAGCGCCUAAGAACAGGAAUUAAGCAAGAGGUUGCUGGGGUUGUCAAAGAUACCAAAGGGCAAGCCGACGAACUGAGCAAGACCAUCAAGUCUCUCGAAAGCGAGCUAAGAGAUCGUGAGGUGGAACUUGAACGCGAAAAACAGCACAGCCAGGAUCUUACCGAGCAGCUGUCCCAGUUUCAAAAACUUAAUGAGCAUUCGCUCCAGUUAGUAUCGGCACAGAAUAAAGAGUUUUUGGACCAAAUGAAACAGGAUCGGAAGCAUGUUGAGAAUACCGAGACUCGUAUUCAAAAACAAGACGAAAAGCUUAACAUGAUCCUGAAGACGCUGGAACAGACGAACUCAAAAACUGUGGACCCCAUGGCAGUAAUGGAGAAAUUAAGAGAAGCUCAUGGUAGCAUAGCUGCAGCGAUUGUCGCAAAAUUCCAAGAUUCUGUCGUAUUAACCCAUAACUCUGUACUUGAGGACCAAGAAACCUUAAAUGAAAGUAUUGGGGAAAUUCGUUUGCUAUGCGAAGGUAUUUGGGAGAAAUUGACCGGACUCGAUGAUGUUGCAGUAUGGCAAGAGAGGGCACAUGAUUCUGACAUGGCUAUCAAUAGCCAUAUCCAGCAUAUUCAAGACCUACAAGAUGAAUUACACCAACUAUACAUCCGUAUAGGUGAGCAGACGGGAGAGCGUCAAGAGCUCGAGAGGCGGUUAGCGAUUGCUGCAGCCAAUGAGCAAACUACAAAUGAGAAGAUCAAGACUCUCGCAGAGCAGACUGAGCGUUUACAAAGAACAAUAGGCGAGAAGGAGAUGAAAGUACUCGAAUCGGACAAAAACCUCGAGGUAGUUCAGGAAGAAUUGAGAAAGCAAGCCCGCGUUGCUGAAGAUAGGGAGAGACAAAUUCAAAUUGAGCGCGAGAACCACGAAAAAGCAAUCGAGCUUAACGUGCAGCAAUCCAAGCAAGAAGUAUCCCGGGCCGUUACCGAAAGGACAAAGGAGCUUACAGAGAAACAUCAAACCACAGAAAAGCGCCUCGAAGAAGUAGAGGUGGCUCGCGCACAACUUGUGGAAGAGCUAACUAAAUCACAACAAGAAGGAGAAAUGCGCAGAGUCAAUCUUGAUAGAGAUAUACGCCAAAUACGAGGCGAAGUUUUGAGGGCAACUACCUCAAUAAAUAAGAUGACCGCCGAUCUGGAGGAAACCGGGAAUGAACAGGAAGCUUUACGAGGGAGUCUCGAAGGAUGGUCGCGUGGUCGAGUUGAAGUUGAUCAGAUGAAAUAUAUACUACGGCGACUAGCAAGGGACCAACCUAACGCAAUUCUGAUGAGUGACCAGUUGAAGCAACUUUUAGAAAUUCAGAAAAAGGUGUCAGGUACUUUGGCGUAUCACCAAGCGAAGGUCAUCAAUGCAGAAGCAGGUGCUAGUGACCAAAGCCGAUCAACAAAAUCUGGAAACAGUUCUAUAUCGACGAGCAAUCUACAGGACAACAUGCCUCAUGCGCAAGAAGCGUCUCAAGAUCUUAAGCGAAAGGUAAUGGUCAAGUCUCCGGUUACUGUGGACGAUCGCGUAUCUCCGAUGUCUGUUGAACAAGAAAGGAGUACUAGACGACACACAGUUCCCCUGCGAGGGAUUAUGAAGGUCAUCACCAAUGAUAUUUUGGGAGAAGCGGAAGGAGGAGAAAACACACUGGAAGCGAAUACCCAUGUGCCAGUAACACCACAGCUCCCCUCCAAGCGGAAGAUAGCGAGACGUGGUUCAAAGACCCCUCUUACUACUCAUAGCAUAUAUAAUCGGCCUGUGGCCGGAUCUAUGUUAGAAGUGGACAGUGAACAGGUGGAAGCGAACCAAGCUGGCCCCAGCGGGCACACCAAUCACAAUACCAUCAUUUACGACUUGGCACACCCUGACAGCAGUGCUAAUGAGCCUCCAGCGAAGAAGCAGCGUAUUUCAAGGACCAUACAGCACGAGGCCCAGGGGUCCAAUAUCGCAGAAAGAGUCAAGUUAUCCCGCUCUAUGUCUAGUUACUUUUCGGCUCGGCGAUCAGAAACCAAAGAACCAACUAAGGGAGCAUCGUUAGAUUCGAGUGCACCCUCACGUCGCGGGGGUCCAAUGAAGAGAAAAUCCUCUGGACUAGUCACCUAUGGCUCGCAAAAUCUUAACCAGGAGUUAUCGCACAGCCAGUCAUCCGUUAUAUCGGGUACUACGGAAGAGGCCGAUAGCCAGUCGACUACAGCGUCUUGCCAAACAAUAGAGUCGACAGACAACCAAGCUUAG